CGGUUUAGAAAAACGAAUUUUCUUAGUGGAAUCAAUCGAGCAGUUAAAAGGACACUAAACUGGCUUCCCAUCAAAAACACCUGUCAGGUAUCAGCCAAUCAAGGGAGCGCCCGUUCACAUAGCUAGUCCAUUAUUCGCUAUCGCUUGUUUCAAGCCUACUAUAUCAAUUAAUGUUUGUCAUGACAAUCCAUCAAUCACCGGUUUACGCUUGGUCGCCUUGAUGUCAGACACAUCAAAUCUAAAGUAAACUCGAGUUUAUUAGUGCUAACUUAUUGGGGGCCUUCAAAAACAUUCAGUUAUCGAUAGAUUGCCAGUCAGUGCAUGCGGUAAAGCUUAACUAUUGCUUAAGAAAACCACGACUCGGAUCAGAGUGUUCAGCUACCUUCAUAGAACAUGGAUCACCACCAUCCUUGUUACACUGUUCACCCCUACGUGGACUUGAAGCCUUUUGGGAUUUCAGCAUACCCUCCGUAUUCUACUGCMGCAGUUUCAGCAGCCAAGUCCCCUACAGCCCCCCUACGUGUUCCGGCCGUUAAACCAAGUAUUCCUCACUCGAUUGAUAGCAUACUAAGCCGAGCAGAGGAGAAAUCACCAUCACCAUCGCCAUCACCUUCACCUCCUGCAGUACGGAUACGACCUUUCUGUGUACCUGGUCGUAACUUCGAGUACGGGCCCUCGAUGCCAUUAUACUGGCCCGGCCUUGUCCAUCCAUCGUGGAGAGAGCGUUUUACAGCGUCUCCAAGUUGCAUGGAAACCGACCGUAAUGGCAAGCGUAAGCACACCCGACCAACGUUCAGCGGACAUCAGAUCUUUGCGCUUGAGAAAACAUUUGAACAAACAAAAUACCUCGCGGGUCCAGAGCGCGCGAGACUUGCUUACUCUCUCGGCAUGACAGAAAGCCAAGUGAAAGUGUGGUUCCAGAACAGAAGAACAAAAUGGCGAAAGAGGCACGCUGCAGAGAUGAACAUAAAGAAAAAGGGACAAGAAGCUGAACAUUCUCAUCAGGAAUCCGAGAAUGACGAAGAAGAAGAAGAAGAAGAUGAAAGAUCUAGAAAGACUCUCUCGCCUUGUCCCAAAGACCUCAAAACAAAGUAGAACACAAUUUCUACGAUUUCUAUACAAACAACGAUUCAACGAUUACCACCAAGACAUUGGUGAAGAACGUUGAGCCCUAGCUCAUCUUAAGGCCCAAAGCACCACUGAAAUUCGAAAAAUAAACUUUCAUUGUACGAUAAUUAUGGACGCUAAUUGAAAGCAAUACAAUUCAAUUAGUGCAGUCGCAUGGGAUCUACUCGCUACGACCACCUAUUUAAUUUUAGUUUUUAAAAAAAUCUAGAACUGCGCAACCUCUUUUUUCUCUCUCCUGUUGGACGUUCUCUUGUAUAUAAUAUUCUAUUGUAAAUAGUCGCUAUCCUCAAACGGCAAGUUUAAUAAUGUUAUUAUUUAUUAAGAUAGAAGUCAACUUCUUGCCAAAAAAAAGCAACAAACCUUCAACUCAUUUAUUUGUCAUAGUUUUCGGUUUCUGAACUGUCUAAGACUUUCAAGACUCAGCUUUAUUCACCACUUUAUUCGAUGUAUUUAACUAUAAAACACUUUGAAUCCUUUGAAAACCCUCGUAAAU